UUUUGGGUUGUCUUUUCUCAAGGACCACCAAGAGGCCCAAUAACAUCAUCAAACACCUUUGGAUUCAACCCUUUUUUUUAACAUAAGGAUUUAAACUCAAAGGUUAAAACUUUAUAAAGUUAUAUAAUUAUAUUCGGUAAAAAUAAUUUUUUUAAUAAUAAUAAAAUAAAAAUUACAUUAAGAAUUUAUUAAUAAGUUAAACUGAGCUCAAAUAAUGCUAAAAAAAAAACCAACAAAAAUAAGUUAAAUUUAGUAAAAAAAAAAAAAAAAAAAAGCUUUGAGAACAAAAUCCAUCAACCUUCUAGAAGGUGUCAUCAUAGACUCAUAGUUAUCACAAUCUAUACCACUAGCUAGACUACAAAUCUACAAUACCUCCUUAAUAUAUACUUAUCUCCUCAAAAUUCAAAACUAGAUAAAGCUUACAAAUUCUAAUGGAAACUAGCCUUGAAUAGAUGAUACAUCUCAUCAAACAAACAUUUACCUAAAAGUAUCAUACAUUAUACCCCACGUCCCCACCCCCAAGGUGGUAAGGUGAUAAUAACUCCUAUAAUUAAAUGCUUUUUACUAGGACACUCCAAAUAUACAACCAAAUUUUACAGUAGUAUAAUAAGCUAAAACAAAAUACUAGUACAAUAUAAAAGAGAGUUGCAAAAGAAGUUGUACUUUACUUAACAAGUGAUAAGAAAAAUGGAGUUUUCAUGUUUUUUAGUGGAUCAAAAGAGGGAAAUGCAAAGCCAAAGGCCGGUUGCAGGGAUGUGUUCGCGGUGUGGUGCGGCGGCGAGAGUGGCGGAUAUGAAGACGGCCACCCGAUUUUGUUUCGUCCCUUUCUACUUUAAGUAUUGGAAAGCUAUCAUUUGCUCAUUUUGUGGUGCCACCCUUAAAUCUUAUGGUAAUUAACUUAUAAUACUUGUAUGUAAUAUUCUCAUGCAUUUUAUUUGGACUAUUUAAUACUACGUUACGUAGUUAUUUUUUUCUUUUAUUUUUGUAUAAUUAAUAUCCUAAUGAAUUUGUUCUCUUUGUA